AUGGAGCCGCAGCCCGGCGGCGCGCGGAGCUGCCGGCGCGGGGGCCCCGGCGGUGCCUGCGAGCUGGGCCCGGCGGCCGAGACGGCGCCCAUGAGCCUGGCCAUCCAUAGUACGACGGGCACUCGCUACGAGCUGUCGGUGCCGCCCGACGAGACGGUCGACGGGCUGCGCAAGCGGCUGUCCCAGCGCCUCAAAGUGCCCAAGGAGCGCCUGGCGCUGCUCCACAAAGACACCCGCCUCAGUUCGGGGAAGCUGCAGGACUUCGGCGUGGGGGAUGGAAGCAAGCUGACGCUCGUACCCACAGUGGAGGCCGGCCUCAUGUCCCAGGUCUCCCGGCCGGAGCAGUCGGUGAUGCAGGCCCUGGAGAGCUUGACCGAGACCCAGGUCAGUGAUUUUCUGUCGGGCCGUUCGCCACUGACCCUGGCCCUGCGUGUGGGUGACCACAUGAUGUUUGUCCAGCUGCAGCUCGCGGCCCAGCAUGCCCCGCUGCAGCAUCGCCACGUCCUUGCUGCCGCUGCUGCUGCUGCCUCCCGGGGAGACCCCAGCACAGCAGCUCCGGUGUCCUCACCAUGCCGGCCUGUGUCCAGUGCUGCCCGUGUCCCCCCCGUGCCCAGCAGCCCUGCCCCUACGUCUCCCUCACCAGUCACAGCCGGCUCCUUCCGGUCUCACUCAGCCUCCAGUUCCUGCCCCAAGCAGGUGGACUGCGCUCCGCCUGUGAGUGGGACCACGACCACCCCAGGGGCCAGCCCCGCUCCCCGGCCCCGGAAGCCUGGCGCCGUCAUCGAGAGCUUCGUCAACCACGCUCCAGGAGUCUUCUCAGGAACCUUCUCCGGCACACUGCACCCCAACUGCCAGGACAGCAGCGGGCGGCCGCGGCGUGACAUUGGCACCAUCCUGCAAAUCCUCAAUGACCUCCUGAGUGCCACGCGGCACUACCAGGGCAUGCCCCCCUCGCUGACCCAGCUGCGCUGUCACGCCCAGUGCACACCCGCUGCACAGGCCACCGACCUCGCCCCCAAGUCUACCUCCUGUGAGAAGCUGCCCGCUGUGUCCCCCACCUCCCUGCUGCAGGGCCAGAGCCAGAUCCGGAUGUGCAAGCCACCCAGUGACCGCCUGCGGCAGACAGAGAACCGGGCCACACGCUGCAAAGUGGAGCGGCUCCAGCUGCUACUGCAGCAGAACCGACUGCGCCGGAAGGCACGUCGCGACGCCCGCGGGCCUUACCACUGGCCCAGCCGGAAGGCCGGCCGCAGUGACAGCCCCAGCGGCCCCGGCGAGGCGGCCAGCCUAGGCCUCGACUUUGAGGACUCCGUCUGGAAGCCGGAAGUGAACCCCGACAUCAAGUCUGAGUUCGUGGUGGCUUAA